AUGCGCUCGCCCCCGCCCCCAGCGCUCGCCCCUGACCCCGGCGCUCCGCCCCGUCCCGGCACUCGCCCCCGACCUCGGUGCUCGCCCCCGACCUCGGCGCUCGGCCCCGUCCCGGCGCUCGCCCCCGACCCCGACGCGCCACACAUCCCUCCUCUGAUUCUUCCCAUCCCAACCUCGGAUGUCGUCGGGCCUGCCUCCUCGCCCGUGCACCCUUUGCAAAGUUUGCAAGUCAGCCUCGAUCAUGGUACUGAUGCCGACAUCCACACCGACGACGCCGGCACCGAUGGCGGCGGCAAGACCGGCGGGGAAGGUAACGGCGGGGAAGAUACCAACUGGGAAGGUUGA